AGCCAUUGUGGCUCAAUGCCUUAAUUGUUGUUUUUCGGUUUGUCGUACCGAUUUGGAUCCUCCGGCCAAGCGUUCGAGGUCCCAUGGGUUGCAUCCCCUCUGACGCCACAUAUUUUACAUUUUUUAGCUCUUGGCUCUGGUGUCUUCCAACAGGAACCAAAAAAGCGUUCUGUGUAUUGGGACUGUUCUCCAUUGCAAUUUUCCCCUCGCGGCAUGAACGGACAUGCGGUCGCAUAUUUGCAUCCAUGUGUUCCAUGGUUCUCCUUGUCAUACCGAUGUUCACUUGGCAGCCUGCAUGCUUCAGCACCGUAGAUUGGGUUGUCUGGCCAACUGUGAAUCAUUAUUCGCGUAGCUACCAGCAGAUGGUUGAACUCCGUAACAGUUCCACCUUUGAGUGGAAUCAUCAUUCGCUCGAGUCAAUCCAGAAACGCUUUCGAGGAGCAAAUGGAAGCGCUUGCAAGGACCUGCGCAUUCUGAAUUUCCAGCCACAGUUAUUGCAAAUGCAGCAAGCGCGUGCCACUAACAAUGCACGCAAUCAGUCAUUCCGAGGAAGCAAACGUGAGUAUUGCGUAGAUCAUUAUGUGCAGUUCGGGAUGGCUACUUGCAGGAGGUACUACCUGGUUGCGCUCUCGAGAGCCGUGGCCGCAGAGGCGGAGUACAUAGCCGAAUGGUUGGACUAUCAUUUGAGCGUGGGAUUUGACAAGUUCAUCAUUUUGAACAAAGACGUCACGGGUGGCGUGGAACAGAUCUUGAGGCCAUAUAUGGAGCAGGGGAGCGUCGAAGGCUCGUUGGAUUUAUCGUGAGGUCAAAGCCAACGUUUGGGACGAAUUUCCAGGGUUCAAAGAGACCGUCAAAAAAUUGCAUGGGGAAGCGUUUUGGUUCGUUUGGAUCGAUCUUGACGAAUUCUGGGUCCCGCCAUCUUGGGCGGACAAUCUGAGAGAUGCAAUAAUGCCUUUCACUAACAUGCGGACCGCCAGCUCACCAAAGGCCUUUCAUGGCCAUUGGCUUACUUUCGGGGAGAGUCCGUGGGCGCAGCGUCCCGCUCCAGGAACACCAGUAACAGUUGCUUUUACAAGACGACACCUUAAAACACAUCCCAUGUCAAAACAAUUGUCGCUCAUUGACGCAGUGGAUUUUGAUGCGGAAAACUGGAGCAUGCAUUCUAUUGAACUGCGUGACCCGUACAGGAGAUCUGGUUACAAUAUGUUAAUUGGACCCUUGAUUCUCUGGUGGGAAUCAUUCGAAGAUAUUGCCAUCCUCACACACGUGAGUUUUUGCAGCCAGAGCAGCAGCGCUUGCUCUGGAACUUCAAUCCGAGAUAUAUUAUUUGCGCUGAGCUUGCUACUGUUUUUGAGGUCAGCGCUAGGAACCUCGUGGCUGAGACAGAGAAUACAGAAGAGAUGGUAUCUUACAGUGUUGUUGCUGGUUGCCUUUAUUCAACUUCUCUUUUCCAACGUUUCUUUAUUCAAGAGUGACGUCAGCGUUCAGUGAGAGCGGAUGAUAGCGCUGGCAGUGGUGUUUUCGCAAGUCUAUUGAUUGCAUGUUCACGUGUCCAUGCGCAACUUAAGAUAUUGUGGUGGCCUCCAGCCAGUGCCGCCGAUCCAGGGCGCUCCGACAACGGACUUCCAACGAUCGACGAGCGGGAUAGUUACGACGACGACCGACGAACGAGGACUCGUGUCCGAGCAAUACCACGUCAUACCAUGCACCGCUUGCCUGGCAGCACGCGAGUGAGCGCC